AUGAUGAUGACACAAUCAUCAUCAACAAGCAGUCGAAGUUCAACUUCAUCAUCAACACCGUCCACAUCUUCUGUUUUCUACUGUAACCCAUCUUCUUCAAUCGAUGCAAAAUUUAUGGCAAAUUUCAAGAAUGUGACACUUUUCACCAAUGAUAAUAAUAACCAGGAUUCUCUUGAAAUGGCUGGAUUGGUAAUUAUUUAUUUUUAAUAGAGAAAUUUUUAGAAAAUAAUUUUGGAAAUUUUCAGGGAAUCAGUCAUUUGAAUCCGUGGCAACUGAAUUCAACAAUUUCUUGCACAUCAAAUGGAUUUAAUGGAUCAGAUUCAUCUUCGGCACCACUUUCACCUAACUCGAAUUCCACUUCACAAAGCAGAAAUAACAAUUUAAUGAUGCGAGUUCCUCGAGGUUGGUUUUUUUUAUUGAAUAAGCUUAGCCUAUGCUAAAAAACCAGAGAAAAAUAAAAUAAAGAAGAACCCAAAGCAGUGAAAAAUUAAAUUAACCCCAAUAAAGUGCACAUGCCCUUUUUGCAGCAAAAAAAGAGGGUCCCAAAUUAAAAUCUGCUGCUUUUGUCUAGAAUCGAUAUGAAAAUUUGCUGUUUGCAACAAAAAUAUACCAAUUAAAAGUGCAAAUGCACUUUUUGCAUCAUCAAAACCGUUUCUCGUUCUCUUUUUCGCCGCGGUCUUUUUUUUUGUUUGUUUGUGUACAAAUAAACAAAUAAAAAACGCAACAAAUCGAAGCGAAAAAAAGAGAAAAAGAGAGCAAUUUAGAAAGAAUGAUGAUCGAAAUACAGUAGAUAUAUAUUCCAUAUUUUGCACGCUAAAAAUAGUAUGAAAUUCUAAACUUUUGCUAUUGUAUAUAUAUAUUGUAUAUAAUAAAAAAUACAAAAGUGUUCCGUAUUUUCAAAAAAAUUCUCUCUUUCUCUUCUCAUUUUUUGCUGCGAAUUCGAAUGCGAAUAGUGCAAAAAUAUCGGAUUACCACGGGUUUAUUUCGACAAAAAACAUGCAUGUGAUUUUUAAUUUUUGUUGGCGAUUUGAAUUGUGAAAUAUGUGAAAUAAAUAAUAUGGAAUAGAAAAGAACUGGGAGUAUGUUUGAAUGAGAUAAUUAUUUCUAAAAAGAUGUCAGAGCUCCCAAAUCACGCGGAGAUGAAGUUAUGACUUGAAAGAAAACCUGGGACUUUUUUGAUUGUUUGAUUCUCAUAAAAAUGGAAACUUUAGUCCCAUUCAUUUCUCUCUCGAGAUUCUAAGAACUUCAAAGCACGUCUUUCAGUUCUCAAUUAAACCCCUUGUUUUUUGUUUUUGUUUCAAAAAAGGUCAUAAUCAAAAUCAAUCAAUAAUUUGUUGGUGUUUUAUUUGUUCAACCGACUAUUCUAUUAAGUCAUCAUUAUUUUCGAAAGAGAAGAAGAUGAAGCCUUUUGUUUGGCAACCCAAAGUGCAACAAUUAUCGAUUUGUGUUGGCCAAAAUCCAAGAUUUUGUUUUUUUCAGCACCCACAGUACUGCCACAACAACAGUUCGCUGGCGGAUUUGCGGCCAAUUCGGGGGGAAUUCAAAGUUUUGGCGGGGCGCGUUUAGCUGGAGGACGGAAUUCGACUGAUUAUCAUCCCGGAAUGAGAGGUUAGUGGGCGGGGAAUAUAAUAAAAACUGUAAUUUUUAAAUGGGAUGAAGAAAAUGUUGUAGUUUGCAAAGUACUUUGUGAUUGAACCCGGAACAAGUUUGUUAUAAUCUUUCUUUUAUCCAUCCAAAUUCUAUUUCGCAACUUUGUAGUAGUUUUUUCUUCCUUCCUAUUUUUUCACUUUUUUCGUACCGCAAGAGCCUCUUGACCUUUCACUUCCCGCUCGCUCACAGACAAAAAUUGUUGCAAAAUAGUAUUUUGUUGAUUUGCUUUCGUUUUCCAGCAAACGAACGAAUCAAAUCAGAAUUGACCUUUUAUAAAUAAUAAAUAUUUAUAGAGUAGCAAAGAAGACACACACAAAAAAAGUAGUGAUAAGAUAAUGUGGGAGGCAGUCAGCAAAAAUGUUGCGAUAUUUUUGGCCAUAAAAGUUAUGAGAGAAGGGGGAAUACUGUGUGUACUUUUUUAGUACAAGUUUGAAUUUUCUUGAAAUAUUGAGAAAAAGUGGUUGGAAAUGAAAAAGAAAAGGGUUUUGAAUUAUAAAAUUUGACUUUUUCUGUUCAAUCUUUGUAUUUGAAAUUUGAAUUUGUAUAUUUUAGAAGUUAUGGGAGUCUAGAAAAACGUGUUAGUUCUGAAAGUUUAGUAGCCAGUUUGAAUUUGGAAAUAUUCGAGAACUAUGAUUUCUGAGGUGUCAAGUUAACCCUAAUGACUCUAAAAAUGCAUGCCCCGCACAGCUGAUACUUCAUCCAGUCAUUCAUAUUUUUUGUCUUCUUGCAACCUGGUGGUACCAGGACGCCUGUCUAUAUCAAUUCUUUCUUUUUUCUUGUUUCGUGCAAGUUCUCGAGAGAAGAUAGUCGUUUUUUGUUUCCUUGUUGCAAAGGGAUUGACUUGAAAUGAUCAAAAGUGCACUUUUUUGUGGUUCUCAUCUCCGAAAACAAAAAAAGCCUUUUACACAUGGCCAAUAAAAAAAUCAUAUUAUAUUUCAUUGAAUCGAAUUGAAUUGAUUUUUUUAUUAUUAGUGAAAUUGGCUAACAUAUUGUGAUGAUGAAAAUUGAGCAAAAAACAAUGAGUACGAAUUGUUUUCUGAUUCUCACUACAACCUCUGACGAAAAUCCAAAUGAAAAAUUAGCUCAUCUUUUUGCUCCGAGUUUUUCUCACACUGAUUUCAUUAAUCAAACACAACUGUUGUCAACCCCGAAAUUCUCCUCUGCUAACACGUGUUUUUUUCGAACUUCAGGGAGACAGCUCUUUUUUCUUUCCUCCCAAAACUCUUCUAUAUAGUUUUUUUCGAGCACAAAAGUGCACCAGUUUUUUGCGAAUGUUUGUUCGUUUUCUUCGACGACGAAGGAGGAACGCACAAAUACACUUGACGAAGACAAAAAAAAUGGAGAAGAAUUGACGGACAAAAUGUUGCCAAAUUAUAGAAUGGAAAUGGGAAAAAUCAAUUGAUUGUGAAAAUUUCAUCAGAAGUUCUAGUUGGGUUCAUGAAGUAUAACCUAGUUUGAAGAUUUCUGAAGUUCGGAUCUGAAAAGCUAAAUAUAUUUUUGGAGUAAAAAAUGAAAGGUACCUUGAAUGAAGUUUAAUUCGAGGAGGACUGAAAUUUUUAUGAAUUUAUUUUUAAGAAUGUCAAGAUUCUAAAGGCCUCAAAAUCUCACGCUCAGACAAGUUUGGAGUUCAAGCAGAAAAUCAUGGCUCUAAAAUUGUUCUUGAAACUCCUCGAUGUUUAUUCGUUCUUUUACCAAUGUCCAAAAGAGCAAUCGAAUUUUACCGCUUUUCCCACACGUAAAAUGUUGAGAACACAAAAGAGAAAUAUUCUCACAUAUUAAAAUAUUUAUUCAUUCAUUCAUUGUUGUAAAAUUCUGUUUUAUUUUCCUUCUUUUUCUUCUGCUAACCAUACACCGACAAUAUUAUUAUUGUCAUAAUAAAAAAAUAAAAAUCAGAAUCAGAAUAUUCUCACAUAUUCAUAAUAAAAUAAUAAAUUCGAAGUUUUGAUAAAAAUGAAUAAGAAUUCACACUUUUCUUCGCAAUUUGAUCGAUUACCGACAGAAAAAAAAAUGAAGAUUUUAUCGAAUUGCGCGUUUGCCUGAAAUGAAAACGAGUUUUUUUGGGUGAUUUGUCGCAAGUUUUCGAUUGAAAAUAGAGUUUUCUAGCCUCCCUACAGUAGUCUGAACUUAUAAUGGCUCUUUGUUCUGAAAAUGCGCGAAAAACGAGUUUUAGGAACGUAGCGCAGCGGUAGGUAACCUUUUAAUGGGAUUGUUUUUUGAGUGAGCGAGCGAGCGGAAGAGAAAAGUUGAGUGAAGUGAUCUGGAAAAUUGAUAGGAGGUACUGUAGACAGAUAGAUAGUGUGAAAAUUGGAGAAAUGAAAAGUUGCAGUCCAAAUUCUCAAUUCUGAAUUUUGAAGAAUCUGCACCUUGAGAAUUUAUAUACCAAAUAGCCGAUCCUAGAAAUGUUAUUUUUCAAGCGCCUAAAGAACCUAAUGUCUAGAACCCACUUCUAGAGUUCCAUUCUAACAAGGGCCCGCGUCUCGAGAACUUCAAUGUCAAGUAGACAAAUCUGGAAAGCCUAGUUGUAAGGCCUAGAAACACAACUCGGCCACAUAUAAUGUUUAUCAAAAAAAUUUCGCGCGCUACAGUACCCCCGCCCCCCUUCGAAAUUACUCUACUCUCUCACUUUCUCUCCCUUUAAAUAAUUGCCCAAAUAAUAUAUCUCUGGGUAAUUUAUAAGCUUACUGUAGCAUAUGGCGAAACAAAACUAAGAAGAAGAAGAAGACAAAGUUGUGUUUUUUUCGGGGGUCGCGCGCGGAGGCAGUGUACUUUUAUUCGACACAAUAGUCAUAAAUUAUUAUGGUCGAAAAACGAAGAAAAAACACAGGAAAAAUGCAACAAAUUAGGCGAACUUUCAAAGGGGGAAAUACAUACUUUGAUGAAUUCAAAAUCAGAAUAAAUGUUUUUUUUUAUUUUCAGAUCUGACAUAUUGGCUGAAAAAACUGCGACUUCACAAAUAUACGCCGAUUUUUGAAAAGCUGACAUAUUCUGAAAUGUUGGCCCUAAAUUCGGAAAGCUUGGAAAAGUUGAAAGUAACGACUGGAGCCAGAAAGAAGAUUAUUCAAUCGAUUGAAAAAUUGAGAGAUCGACCAAAGUUUUUGAAAAAUUUGGAGCAAGGUUUAAUCCAACGCGAAAAAUGUCUUCGAUGCGCAAUUUGCACAAUUCGACAAAUGCUUUGGUGUCCAUUUAUUCGAUAUGAAUCAAAUUCUGGAAUGACUGGAAAUCAAAAACGGCAAAUUGUUGAUGGAUUCAAUAUUCCGAUACAUUUAAUCGAUGAUAAUAAUAUUCCUGCUUUAUUAUAUCGAAUUGUUGAAUUGCUUAAUUCGAUCAUUUUUCCGAUUACGCCAAAAGUUUCCGAUUUGGAAGAUGAAUAUUUGCUGACAAUGUUCCAGAUUUUUGACAGUAUUACCAAAAAUGAUGUGAGUUUUUUGAAAGGGAUUUUUGGGUAUAAUAGAAAUAGUAGGAAUUUUUCCUGAUUUUCAAUAUUUCGCUCAAAAAUUUUUGAAGUCUAAUGAAAUAUAAUUUUCAUGAAAAUCUCUGAAAUUAAUUCUGGACUGAUCUAGUCUAAAAUUUCUUCAAAACCUUCCUAAUUGUUUUAAAUCUUAUCUGAAUCUCUCUUUUUUUCCAGCAAUUCACUUUAAAUCAACAAAAACGAGUUGUAAUAAUGAAAAAGAAUGCGAGAAAUUAUGCGAAUCCGGAAGAAAUGCGAAAACAUCGAAUGGGAAUGUUAUCAAGUCCACAAUGUGAAAGAUGUCAUCAUGAAGAAGUAUUAGCACGUGAACGAGAAAUUCAACGAAAAGAAAAAGCGGCUGAAGCUGAAGGAUUCUAUGAAAUGGAAAUCACUCGAAAAUUAUCAUCAACAGAAAGUGUUCCACCAAGUCUUUUCAAUUUUUCGUCAAUUUGGCAACAACCUGAGAUUUGUUCAAGGGCAAGUAGUAUUUGGAAUGGAGAAAUGCCAUCAACAUCUGAUUGUUUUAAUGCACAAGUUCAACAUUAUCCUGAAUAUCGAUCUGCUGUUCAUUCAAAUCAAAAAGAACAAGAACAAACUACACAACAACAACAAAAAGUCGAUGAAGAAGAAGAAAAAGAAGAACCUGCUGCAUUAGGAUAUCGAAAUGUUAUGGAUCAAUCUACUUUUGAUUUUUUGGGAAUUUUGAGAGAUUCUAUGGUUAGUUUGGAGAAUUAAAGUUUUGUGCCAAACGUGGAACUUGCAAACUCACAAUUUUGAUGCCUUUUCAGUAAAUUAUUUAUUCCAAUUUCCACGUGAAUUCUUUGCUCCAAAAUAUUUGAAUUUUAUGGAAAAUAUUCCAUUUUUUGAAUCUCAAACAUUAAUAUUGGUUUUUUUGCAGCGAAAAUCUCAAGCCCAACAAGAUUCUCCUGGCCUCUCACAAAAUAAGGCAAAUUCGACCGGAAGUGGAUAUUUAUCCUCUUCUGAUAGUGAAUCUUCUUCUCAUCAAACAACACCAAAUAAUCUUGCGCCAAUCCAGGAUUCCCUACCAUUUUCUCCCGCCAAUUUCCCUCAAUUUGAUUCAUUUAUCAAUUAUUCCAAUCCAUUAUUUGCCUAUCAAAAUACAAAUUCUGCUUCUUCAAUUUCAUCGAAAUUCAUGUAG